UCAUGAAUUGCCCUAAUCUCCAUCUUCAAAACUCAAUCUUAUCUGUCUUCUAGUUAUUCUCGAUCGUAAGUGGCGGCAGAUCCUCAAUCGUUCCUGGCAGCAAAGUCAAGGAUCCUCAAUCGUUCCUGGCAGAUCCUCAGAUCCUCAAUCGUUCCUGCUAAUCUGUUGCUGGACGCCACAAGGAUUCUGAGAGAAUUCAGUCCUUCACUACCGGCCUCUCUCGAUCGAUUAGCAAAAUUUCCUCUCGCUCCAUCCAUCUACCAGAGGGUUUUAGGAUUUUUGUUUGGUUGCGCAAGCUUCUUGCUCCAGGGAGGAAGAAUAAUACCUUCACAUUAGAAGAGCUUCCUUCAAUCCAAAACCUCACGUAUCACUUCAAAGGAUACAAACACAUUGCUAUGCUAUGGAUAGAAGCUGGAUACAUAAUCCAGACAAAAAUAGUGCUGAAUAUAAAUUAGGUGUUGCUGAAUUUAUUGAAGUUGCAAAGAAACAUGUUAAUCAUCGAGGCCUUGCACGAUGCCCAUGCAGUAAGUGUAAUAACUGUGUUUGGAUGACAUUAAGGCAAAUUGGUCUGCACUUGAUCACAAAUGGAAUGUCAUAUAAUUACACAGUGUGGACUCAUCAUGGCGAACGAAUGAAAAAGAAACAUAGUUCUUCGAAGGAUAAAAUGUUUGAAAGCUCAGGUGCAAAUGAUGAUACUACUUGUGAUAAUGAUGAGGUCAUGGAUAUCAUAAAUGAUUUAUAUCCGUUUGCUGCACACCACCAUUAUGAGAGAAAUGAUGAUAUACAAGACCAGACUUUCCACGAUGAAGUUGUUGCAGAAGAUCAAUAUAUUCCAGACAUGCUUAAUCAAGAGAUUGAUAAGUAUGAAAGACUAUUGAGAGAAGCACAAGAAGAACUUUAUCCGGGAUGUACAGGAUUUUCUGUCCUAACAUCUAUUGUGGAGUUGAUGCAAUUAAAAGUGAAAAACCUCAUGACCAACAAAUGUUUUGAUGAACUUAUGGAUAUCUUGAAGAGGAUGCUUCCUGUAGGGAACAAGUUGCCUGCUAGUCAUCGUCAUGCUCAAAAAAUUAUGAAAGAUCUCGGACUUGGGUAUGUAAAGAUUCAUGCUUGUAAAUACGAUUGUGCUUUGUUUUACAAAGAAAAUGAAGAUUUAGAUGAGUGUCCGGUGUGUAAAGAGCCAAGGUUUGAGUUGAACACCAAUGAGAAAAAAAUUCCAAAAAAAGUUCUACGUUAUUUCCCAUUGAAACCGCGUUUACAACGUUUAUACAUGUCAAUGCAUACGGCGGAUAACAUGAAGUGGCAUGCUGAAGGAAGAGUUGAUGAUGGUGUUAUGAGGCACCCAGCAGAUACAGUAGCAUGGAAAGAGUUUGACAAAAACUAUGAAGAGUUUGCGAAAGAACCCCGAAAUGUUAGAUUGGGACUUGCGAGUGACGGUUUUAACCCAUUUGGAGAUAUAAGAACACCGUAUAGCAUGUGGCCUGUGAUGGUUGUUCCUUAUAAUUUGCCUCCUUGGAUGUGCAUGAAGAAAGAGUAUACAAUGCUAACCUUAUUGAUUCCCGGUAAGCAAGAACCUGGAAAAGAAAUUGAUGUUUAUUUGCGACCAUUAAUAGACGAGUUAAAAGAAAUAUGGGAAAUAGGUUUGCCAACAUAUGAUAAGGUGACAGGUUCUGUUUUUAACCUACAUGCUGCAGUACUCUGGACGAUUAGUGACUUUCCUGGUUACAUGAAUUUAUCUGGGUGGAGUACCAAGGGAUACAAUGCAUGUCCUAAUUGUAAUGAUGAUGGGACUUCUGCCUGGUUUAGUGACAAGGUCUGCUAUAUGGGUCAUCGACGUUGGCUACCACAUAAUCACGUGUGGCGUAGAAAUAAGAAGUCCUUUGAUGGAAAAACUGAAUUUCGUGCAAAACCUAGGAAACUAUCAGGUGAGGAAAUUUUAUCCCAAGUACAUAAUAUACAGUUCAAGAGAUUUGGUAAACACCCUUCUAACCCUGAUAAAAAGAGGAAAAGGACUGUUGAACAGAGAAAUUGGACUAAAAAAAGUAUAUUCUUUGAAUUAGAGUAUUGGUCAAAGUUAAGAAUCAGGCACAAUUUAGAUGUAAUGCACAUAGAGAAAAAUGUUUGCGAGAUCAUUCUUGGAACAAUAUUAGGCAUAGAAGGAAAAUCUAAAGACACAUUCAAAGCUCGUCAAGAUCUUGAAGCUCUUGGGAUAAAAGAAUCGUUAUGGUUAGAAUGGGAUGGUAAUUACUGGGUUAAAAAGCAUCCGUUCUUUACGAUGGAGCCAAAACCGAAGAUGGAGUUUCUGGAGUUUUUGAAAUCUGUCAAGUACCCUGAUGGUUAUGCUGCAAAUAUCUCAAAAAAUGUGGUCUUAGACACUGGAAAAAUAAAUGGGCUAAAGAGCCAUGAUAAUCAUGUGUUACUUCAAAGGUUGCUUCCUGUUGGUGUUCGGAAAUAUCUACCCAAGGAAGUGGCUGACCCGAUUGUUCGUCUCUCCAGUUUCUUCCAACAACUAUGUUCAAAGACACUAUGCAUGGAGGAUAUCCAUAAGUUACAAGAUGAGAUUGUAUACAUAUUGUGCAAAUUUGAACAAAUAUUUCCUCCAGCCUUCUUUGUUUCCAUGAUUCAUUUAAUGGUGCACUUACCAGAAGAGGCCGAAGAAGCGGGUACUGUUACAGAACGAUGGAUGUAUGCAAUAGAAAGGAUGUUGGGAAGGUACAAAAAAUUUGUGCGUAACAAAGCUCGACCAGAAGGUUCGAUUGCAGAGGCUUACGUUUCACAAGAAUCUCUUAAUUUUUGUGCAAUGUAUCUCCAUAAAGUGGAGACACCAUUUAACAAGAGUGAACGCAACUUUGAUGGUGGUCCUAGGCAAGAAAAACUUUCUGUUUUCGCACAAGUGUCUCGACCGAUUAUGAGUUCUUCAAGUAUUCCGUUUUUGAAAAUUGAUAUGGAGGUUGCUCAUUGGUUCAUAUUGAACAAUUGUGAUGAGGUUUCUCCUUUCUUAGAGGAACACAAGGAGUUGAUAAAACUUGAACGUGGUGUGGACAUAGAUAAGAGGCACAGGAAAUUGUUUCCAGCUUGGUUUUGUGAACGGGUGCGAAGAUUAGGGGUUGCAAACUCACCCUUGUACAAUGAUGAGCUCUUUGAGUUAGCAAGAGGGCCUCUUCGAGCAGAAACAUACCAAGGAUGCAUUGUAAAUGGAGUAAAAUUUGUAGUUGCAGAACGAGAUGAUAAGUUAACUACUCAAAAUAGUGGUGUCCACGUACCUGGAGACCAAGAAACGGGUGAUGUUGAUUAUUAUGGGAAGUUGACAAGCGUGAUUGAAUUGAUAUAUAGGCAACGAUAUAGAGUUAUAUUGUUCAAGUGUCAUUGGUAUAACACAGAUCCUACUAAGGCAGGAACAAUAAGACGUGACUACCACCUAAUAUCAGUUGAUACUAAAACUAGGUGGUAUGACAGUGAUCCUUAUAUUCUUUCAACAAUGGCAAAACAGGUCUUUUAUGUAAAUGAUCCCAAAGCGGGGGUAGUUGGAAAGUAGUGAUGAAGAUGAGUCAUAGAAACAUUUAUGACAUACCAGACCGUGAAACCACUCCUGAAUCUGAUGACGACACCGAUGCAUAUCAAGAAAGUUCUUCUGGCAUGCCACUUAUGUCUUGCUCCCGAAAUUAUGACUCUAUCGAGAGUACUCUAUGCGUAGAUGAUGUUCCUCCUAUUUUGAUUGAUCCAAACACCAUUAUUCAGCAUUCAAAGAGCACUAAUGAGGGCAGUGAUAGAGAUGAUGAGUCUUAAGUUGCAGAACUUUGAUGUUUUUUGAUUUAUUUAUUAUCUUUUAUUUCUUAUGUUGUGAUGUGUUUGGACAUGCAAUUCCAGUAUAGAUUUAUAUAUGAUCAUUUUUAUAACUUAAUUGCUAGGAUAUUGUUGUUUUAUAACUUAGUUGCUAGGAUAUUGUUGUUUCUGUUUUUGAUAGAUGAGCGGGAUUUCACAGAAGAAACGCAGCAGCAUUUCAAGGAUCAUACAUACGGCCAAACAACCUAAGAUGACUGCAACGUCUAUUCCUAAACUACCUCAGAUGUCAAAUGUUGAUAAGGGAUCAAGCCUUGUGUUUGACCCUCUGUCAUUAAGAUAUUCUGUGAACAAUCGCAGGUGCCAAGCUCCAUCCCCUCAUUCAGAUCAACCUCCUAAAGAAUUUCAUCAUGUUCCAGCAGUUAAGGUACAUCAAACAAAAAUUGCACCUACUCCAAGUGUCACAGGAAUGUCUAAGCCAGAUAAGAUAACACUCUGGAACACUAAAGUUGGUUCUAAGUCAACUGAAGGCUCAUUUCAGUCCUCUUCAGAGAAAGAGAGAGCUCAACCAACCAUUAAUGCUCGUAGGAGUGUAUUUGCAGGGGGUGUUUCUUCUAGUCAUAAGCGCCAAAAUCCACCUUCUGAUCUCGUGGAUGAUGUUCAAGUUCAUCAUAAUCGUGAAAAGGAAAGAAAAGAGAGUCAGGAGGAGUACACGACUGAUAAAAGCACUCAGAGAUCAUUUAGCGAUGAACAUGAAAUUGAGAAUGAUGCGAGAGAGUUUUCACAAACUGAAGAUGACAGUCGUGGUCGGGGGCCUUGCAAACAAAUUAAAACAUCUCGUAUGGUUCGUCUUAGUAAACACAGAAUUGAAGUUUCAUACAACAAAGUUACUGAGAGAGCAACAAGUGCUGAGAUACAUAGUCUCCUGGUUCAUGAUGUUGGAGCUAUCGUUCGGUCACAUUGUCCAAUGGAUACAGGUUUUUGGGGGAAAAUACCUCUCAAAGAUAGAGAAGACCUUAUGGGUGAGAUCACGGUAAGAUAACUACAUAUGACAAAAUAUAUGUACUCUAUAUAUGUUGUUUUACUUUGGCACUUCAAAAUUUCAUGCUUGCAUUUGGGAGGGUAAGUAUUAUAUUAUUGAUGUUAUUUUUAUUUAGCAAUACUGUGUAUUAAUUUCGGACGAAUUUUAAGAUCAAUUUUGAAGAUCCAGAUAUAAAAGAUUAUAUAAAUAGCCUAUACAAUGGAAGGUAUAGAGAAUUCAAGGCUGAAUUGAGUAAAUAUUACAAGUUAUGUGAGACGCAUGAGAUAGCGCUUACUUCGCCUCCUCCAGAGAUGGUUGAUAGAGAUCCGACUGAAUGGGAAUGGUUGUGUAACCAUUUCAACUCAGAUAAGUUCAAAAAUGCAUCAUCUGCAAACACCUCUAACCGUUCAAAUAAGAAGAACAACCACCGUACGGGUUCACGUCCUUUCUCAUACAUAGUAGAGGAUAUGAUUGCGGAAGGCUCAAAAUUUCCAGAAGUUGCCGCAUUUGAGAUAACUUACGCUGGGAAAGACAAAUGUUGGACAAAUGAGGCAACAAAAGAACAACAUGAGAAAAUGGUUGCAAAAGCUAAUGAGUAUCUUGCAGAAAAGGCCAAAGAAUAUCAGCUUCCUGAAGAUACUCCUUUGGAGGAAAUGCCUAUUGAUGAUCCUGAUAUUGGACUUGAAAUUAUGACAUCUGUUUUAGGUACUACACCAGGCCAUCUUCGAGAUACAAGGGCAACAUCCAAAAAGGUGAAGAAUUUAGAAAAAGAGUUGGAGGGGAACGAGCGGCGCGAAAGGCUGCUGAAGCCGCUCGAAUAGCGGCCGAACAGAGAAUGCAAAACACGUUGAAAAAUGUUGGGCAAAAGUUCAACUCUACUUUACAGUCUUGGCAUCAAUCUUUAAUGCAGGUAGGUGUUGCUAUACCACCAUUCACUCCCUUUUCACUCGAAGAUGAUGUAGAAGAUGAGGCUGACGCUUUCUUGGAUGACUAAUUAGAACAUCAUAUGAUAUUAUUAGGUUAUUUUGAAAGGACAUCUAGAUGAACUAAAUACAUUUGUUAUGUUUUUUUAUUUGACGUUUCACUUUUGGUUAAGUUUAUUUUUUUAUUUGAAGAGUAUAACACUCAACAAUAAUGUUUUAGUUUGUCAUGGAGUUAAUUAGUAAACUUUACAAUGCACAAUGUUUGCUUUAAAUUUAUGUGGCAUGGUGAUUUUUAGUAUUG